UGCAGCAUGUUUAAAGCAAGUUCAUUUUUAAGUGUGACAUAAUUGAUGAGCUCCCGCCUCAGACAAACAUUCCUACUUUGCAUACUAUGGCUUUCUUUAUGAAGAAGCUGCAUUUCAGGUUUGGUUGGCUGCUUGACUUUCAGGUUUAUUGCUUGUCAAGUGCAACAUGCUCAGAGCUGUUGAACCGUCACAGAAGGCAUUGGAUCAUUGACUCCUUCGCUGUUGAGGAGGGGCAUCCAGGGCCGUUCCCCUAUGAGCUGGGCCAGAUAAAAGUUGAGCGGGACUAUCUAGUUGGCUUUGAGCUCUAUGGGGAAGGAGUGGAUAAGGAGCCAAAGGGAGUUUUGUCCAUUGAUAAAGAUUCUGGCAUCGUGUUCGUCCACAAGGCUUUGGACUACGAGGAGAAGCAAGUGCUUAGGCUGAAAUUUGAGGCUAAAAAUCCAAAUUUAUCAACCGACACCAGAUUAGGGGUUGAGAUUUCUAUAUUGGAUAUCAAUGACAACCCACCACGCUUUCUGAGGGAUCUGUAUGAAAUCAGCGUUGACGAGGAAGCCACUCAAGGCUCCCAUCUCCUGACUGUAGUAGCUUUUGAUAGAGACCAGAGAGGAACACCAAACUCAACAUUUCACUAUGAAAUUAAGUCUGUUUCUCCAAGCACUCCAGGCAUCGAAUUCUUCAUUGAAGAGUCUGGUGUAAUCUCAUUCAAAGGAUGUUUGGAUCAUGAGGUGGCCGAAAGGUUCACUAUGGUGGUGGAGGCCAAGGACCAUGGUGAUGUAGUCAGUCUGUCCAGUUCAACCACUGUUGUUAUUCGUGUCGAGGAUGGCAACAACCAUGUCCCAACCAUCAGCGGGACAACAGGCUCUGGCAGAGUUAAAGAAGAUGAAACUGGGACGUCUCCUCUGCGGCUGCAUGUGACAGACAAAGACACCCAAAACAGCCCAGCAUGGAGAGCCAGAUACACCAUUCAUGGUGACGAGGGAGGGCACUUUAAAAUACAAACUGACCCAGACACCAAUGACGGAAUCCUGACAGUCGUAAAACCUUUAGACUUCGAGGAGGACGCACAGAGGGAGCUGACCAUCUCAGUGGAAAACGAGAUGCCAUAUUUCUCCUGUGAAGUGAAGGAGAGCACGUCCUCAGGCCUCUGGAAAGUUGACACCAGUAAAGCUGAUAAUCAUCAGUCUCACUCUUUAAAAGUCACCAUCGAAGUUGAGGAUGUCAACGAUUCCCCGGUGUUCAGUGUGACUGUUAAAGAGGCUGUGCUGGAGGAGAACGCACCCAUUGGAACCUGGAUAGAGAAAGUGACUGCUGUGGAUCCUGACUCCAGUCACGCAAAAGAUUUUGUGUACAAGGUAGGAAAUGAUCCUGCUGGCUGGAUGACAGUGGAUCCUCAAACAGGAGACAUUACAACAGUCAAGACAGUAGACAGAGAAUCUCCUCAUGUGGUUAACGGUGUCUACACCAUCUUACUGCAUGCAGUGGAUGAAGGUGAGCCACCAUUAACAGGCACGGCCACACUGAACCUCCAUGUGGUUGACCAGAACGACAACGUGCCUAAACCAUCAGUGGACUAUGUGGAUGUGUGUGUGUCUGACAGCCCCACAACCACCAACGUCACAGCCUUUGACCUGGAUGAAAAUCCCUUUGGAGGACCUUUCACAUUUCAACUUCUAGGAGAUGUCAAUGGAAAAUGGACACUGAAUCCCUCAUAUGGAUAUGCAGCUGGCCUGGUGACGCAGCCCAGUGUGUAUGCUGGCCCACACACAAUUACUAUCAAGAUCUCUGACAUGCAGGGAGAGUUUGGUGUUUACAACCUCAGUGUCACCGCGUGCGACUGCUCUGUGACACACCAUUGCAGAGGUCGCCGUGGCACUGCCACAAUAGCACCCUCUGGUGCCCUAGGCAUAGUGUUUGCCUCACUGUUUUUACUCCUGUUUCUGGUACUGAUGGCAGUGGUCGUGACCUGCAAAAAAGAGUUCACCACUUUGCCGACCAGUAAUUCCUCCGGAGAAACCCUCCUCCCAUCAAACACUGAGGAACCAGGGACAGACUGCAAGGUGCCUGACUGUGUCCUGGCAGUGUCCACUGAUAAGAUACACCAAGACCCAUCUGACUGGCAUGAUGGAAUGCAACACAACUUUUCAACAAAGGGCGUGGAGCAAAACUUUAUCUACAAACACUUUGGAGAUUACAGAGAGCAACAUGUUUCCUAUCUAUUCAAUGAGAACUGGAACGAGACUUGGAAUUCUCUAAUAACCAGAGGCAACUACCACAACCACCACCAGAUUGAGAACAUGAACACAAUGAAUUUCAACAAAAGCAGCUCAUGCUAUGUGACAGAUGCAGCUCUCCUAGCUCUGCUUCAUCAGAGGCUCUCCUCCCUCCAGGAGACAGAAGAAGAUCUGCUGGUCUAUGAACCUCAAAUCUACGCAGAUGAGGGCAACCCUUACUCCCUUGCAGAGUUGGAUAGCAUAGACAUUCUUGAUGGGUAUUCAUUCCAGAAAGCAUUGGAAGACCUGGGCCCCAAGUUCAGAGAACUGGCCUCUAUUUGCAAUCCACCGCAGUAAGAAGUAUUCAGAAUUGUGUAUAGGAAAAAAGUGUAAUUUUAAAUUGAUCGUUU